AUGAAAUUAGACAAUUAUACGAUUAAGGUAAUAAUAGGGAUUAGUUGUAUAGCAGUAGGUUUAUUAUGCAUAUUUAUACCAGUGGUAAUAACCAUAAUAAACAUUAAAUCCGGGUAUGAGCAAGUAACCACAGUAGAAAUGAGUGAUAACCCAAGUAACCAUAACUUAUUACACAGAGAGCAAGAAGUACCAUUAUUUUAUACACAUAGUACCAUAAAUAAUCCUGAUGGUCCAUUAUAUAAUAAUACUGUAAUAGAAAGUGAUGAAAGCGGUCCAAGUGCCCUCCAUAACAGAAAGGAUAAUUUACUGAUUAUAUUCAUCAGAACAUUUAACACAAACCAUAAUAAAUUAUUACUAGUACUAGGACUUAUGAUAGUUAUGUUCGGAAGUCUUAUACUACUAAGUAAUAAAAGAAAAGAAGAAAGGUUCUUUUGUGGGACCAUAACUAAUGACACAUUGAUUAAUAAGUUAAGAAAUAAUGAGCAUAGUGUAAUAAGUUAUGACCAAUCGUAUUUACCACCACAAGCAGUACAAAUGCCCAAACCAGACGAGUUCUCCACCGAUCCAUUUGAAAUUCCACGGGCAUCGUACGAUUAUAAAGAGUAUUCCCAUGGGCACAGGCCUAAAAGAGGAACAGCCCAACAAAACCCGACCAAACCCGAAAAAUCCUGCAUAACUCGGUCUGAGUGGGACGAGAUCGUGGAAGCCCAUGAUAAAAAGUACGCAGAUGCAGGAAUUUCCAUUGGCUUGGCUACUCCUGAUAAUUUGUGCAGUAUUUAUGAGUAAAU